GUUUAAUUUUUUUCUAUGAGCUUAAAAUAGUAAUUAUCAUUUACACGAAAUAAAAACCCUUCGUAUUAGUUUUGUCUAAUCUCUUGACCUUUUUCUGUCUGUUUAUAUUUUUGGAAAAAGGGCAAGAAUAAAAUUUCCCGUCAUUUCUCCACGCCUCCACGGUGUCCGCGGACUCUCGUUCCCCGCUUCCGAUUGUCACGAAACCCAAACCCUAGUUCCGACGAUCCGCGCACUGGACUGGAGGACUCCCACCGCGAUGGAAGAAGAGAACACGGGGCCUUUUCGCCGGACUUCAAGCCGGACCAAGAAGAUAGCCGCCAAGAUGGCUGCCGCUCUCGCCAGCACCGAUAACCGGAUGCAGGCAGCGAUUGCUCGCCUUGAAUCUUUAGAAAAUGAUAAUGCGGUGCCGGAGGUCAUGGAAUUUAAUGAUGAUGAUGAUGCUUCUUUGGAUGAUGACGAUCAAGCUUAUUUUCAAAAGAAACAUUCUAAGAAUAAGCGCAAGACUAGACAAGCAAAAGCAAUUGAAAAUGCAAAGAAAGCACCAAGGACAUUUAUGGAGCUCUUACAGGAAUCGAACAUAGAGUCCUUGCCUCCACAUGUCCCUACCUAUUUGCGAGCUGCAGUUGGUCCUCCAAGCAUAAGGUCCCGUCGGCAUUUUUGCACUGUUUGCGGCGAUGCUGCCAGCUACACCUGUGUCAGAUGCGGAGUCCGAUUUUGCUCUUGCCGUUGCCAAGUGAUACAUAAUGACACUCGGUGUUUGAAGUUUGUAGCUUGAUCUUGCUGGCCAUCCCUCAACAGGUGUAGUGAUGAUUUCAUGCGCGGGCUUGCUGCAGAGCUGCAAUUGUAACCAAAAGAAUGGAGGUCGGGAACUGUUUUUCUUUGUACUGAACAAACCGAUGCUCUACAUCCCUUAGUUCUAGGGACAUGAUAUUAGUCGCUGUAACUAACUGUAGAAGUGAUACGGAUACCUUUGAACUAGUAGUUGUUCUGUAACAGCUAUGUUGAAAUAAUUGAAAGGUUCAAGUUUAUCAUU